AUGGUUGCCCUCAAAAGCACAUCUAGUAAUAGACUUUUCUGUGGAGGUUCUCUGAUCAAACAGAACUGGGUGUUAACAGCAGCUCACUGCUAUUGGCAAAAAGAAUUCAUGCAGGACACAACAAUUAUUCUUGGUGCUCAUUCCUGGAUUGAAAAAGAAAAAACACAACAGUACUUUAAAAUUGCUCAGAUCUUUAUUCACCCAGCAUAUAAUAGCACCACCCAUGAUAAUGACGCCAUGCUUUUAAAGCUUCACAGAACUGCAAAUAUUAAUAGAUAUGUUAAAACCAUUCCGCUGCCCAGCACUACAUCUUUCACUGAUGUCAAACCAGGAACCAUGUGUCUAGUUGCUGGAUGGGGAACUACUUCCAACAAAUACAUAACUGUCACUGAAAAGUUACGUGAAGUUAAUAUAAAGGUCAUUAAUAGACGCAUCUGCAAGGAGCAGUAUAUUGCUCAGCAUCCCGUGACAGAGAACAUGAUAUGUGCUGGUGAUGAGAAUGGAGGAAAGGAUUCAUGCGCGAAUGAUUCAGGUGGUCCUCUGAUAUGUGAUGACGAACAAAGAGGCAUUGUCUCCUUUGGUAUGACGUGUGGUGAUCGCCGAUACCCUGGUGUCUAUACAGCUCUCACAAAGUUCCACCUUAACUGGAUAGAGGAACUUACAGGAGUUGUUACAGAUUGA